UGGCCUCAGACUCACAGAGAUCCAUCUGCUUGUGUCUCCUGAGCACUGGGAUGAAAGGCAUGCACCACCACCACCUGGCUCCUUUGAAUCUUUUAAUGUAUGCUUCUUGUUUUGGAAUUAAGACCUAUUUUUGCUGUUCGGUUUUUUUCCUUCCAGAUAAAUGGUCUUUAUCCAUAACAAAACGUACUUAUUCAGUUCCUCCAGGACAGUAGAGUUGAUGAACUAGACAUGCCACUUGAGGUGUAAGGUUUGGUUCUAAGAACACUGGAACUCAGGAAGUUGAAUAGGCUUGAAUAAUGUGCCACCGCUACUCUCUGCUCUACCAUGGGGCAGGAAGGGAGCUGCCAUCUGAGCAGGGAGGAACUGAGUUAAGGAAGUGCCUGACUCAGCCAUCACAGACCUGUGUAAACGUUAUUGCUUGCCUGUCUAGGCGUAUUAGUGUCAUUGGAUAUGGAACACCCAGGUGACCCAUAGGCCCUUUUUGUAGGUCUAAACCAUACACUCUAAGUUCUGCAUGAGCCAAGGCAUCCUGACUCUCACAUUGCUUUUGGUCUUGGGCACAGGGCUCCUGGAAACCUUGCACCAGACGUGUGGUGAGGGUACAUCCUGCCAGAGCUACCCACAGGCUUGCAGGGGAAUUUCCAUCUGUUCUGGGAAGUCAGUGCUUUGGGUAGUGUCUUAGUGAGGAGCAGGUAGGGAAACCAGUCUCUGUCUUCUCAGGAAAGACAUUGCCCCAUGAUGACUUUGGAAUUGUAGGUGGCCUGAAGGCUUUCAUGUCAGGGGAGUUUGUGGGUAGUCACAGGUUCAGGCUCUGCCUGGCCUUCCUAGCUUCAGCCCUCACAGGAAUAAGGACUGAGGAAUCUUCUCCUACUAGUGUUGGGUUUAACCUCCCUGGCACUGACAUCCCACUUGUAGCCAUAUCUUUGGUUUUCUUCGUAAAUAAGGAACUUACUUUUCCAGGGAAAAGGGUUGAAACAAGUGUCUUUGAGUCUGACCAGUAGGAUAGGACACACACACAGACAGACACACACAGACAGACAGACACACACACACAGACGUCUUUUGGUUUCUGUGCAGUUACUCCCAUAUGGAGCUGCUGAGCAUCGAUACAGACAGCAGUCGGUUGGUCCUCUAUUUGGAGACCUCAGCCAUUUUCUAAUUGUUGGGAAUCUGGGAGUUUCUUGCUUUCCCCUGACACACAGUAGUUUUUAGAACAAGGAGGUUUGGGGUUGUUUCCUUUUUAACAUCGAUUACUAAAAUUAGAGCCAGUGGGCCAGAGGUUGGGACAUGUUGGUGCAUUCUGGAAUUGACUGAUCCAGGACAGGAAGUGUCACAGACUUUAAGUGUGUAGGACCUCACAUUACUUUUGAUUAGCUUCAAAAAAUAUAGUUAGCUCUCUUGGAAAUCUUAAUCUCUCUACUAUAUUGUUCAUAAUUUCUUUAAAUGUUUACUUAAAGUUUUAACAUUAAAUUAAGCUAAGAUACCAGUUUUAGAAUUAGCUUUGAUCUUAAAAAAAUAAAACAAGCCAGACGGUGGUGGUGAGUCUUUAAUCCCAGUGCUCAGAGGCAGAGGCAGGUGGAUCUCUGUGAGUUUGAGGCUAGCCUGCUCUACAAAGUGAGUUCCAGGACAGCCAGAGCUGUUAUACAGAGAAACUCGAUCUCAAAAAGCAAACAAACAAAGAAUAAAACAAGUUUACAAUUGAUAGCACAUGCCUGAAAUCCCAGAUUCUGUGGAAGAGCAGUCAGUGCUCUUAACUGCUGAGCCAUCUCUCCAGCCCAAUAAAACAAAUCUUAAAAACAAACAAUAAUUUAAUCCCAGAAGUCGGGAGGCAGAGGCAGGCAGAUCUCUGAGUUUGAGGCCAGCGUGGUCUACAGCAAGUGUCCUACAGUUCCAGGACAACCAAGGCUAUAAAGAGAAAACGUGUCUUGAAAAACCAAAACCAACCAACCAACCAAACAAACAAACAAACAAACAAAACCCCAAAAUAAUAACAAAACAAGGGGGAGGGGAUAAACCAGGCUUGCUGGUGUACACUUAUAAUUCCAGUGUUUCAAAGGUUGAAGCAGGAGGAUUGUCAUGAGUUUGGGUUCAACCUAGACUACAUAAUGAGUACCAGGUCUCCUGAGGCCUCACAGUAAGACCUUAACUUCAAAGACAAAAUGAGAAAGAAUGAAGGAGACUUGGGGCUUGCCUGGCACCACCCAACUAAAACUACAUACGGUAAUCCUGAUGUCCUCCUUUUAUCAGUCUUAGGUAGAGCACUGGAUGGGUUUGUUCUUACCCCAGGAGGUUCAGACCCUGUGGGUACCAUCUUUGCUUCUCCGACUGUCAUGAAAAGGAAUGCAGGGUUCUUGGUGCCCGGAACCACUGAAGUAUGUACGUUUCUGAAGCAAGGACUGAAAACUGGGAGUGACCCCAGAGUCUAUAGAAGACGCAGCCGCAAGACUCCCAGAUGAACAACCGGAAGGAAGAUAUGGAAAUCACUUCUCACUACCGGCAUCUGCUUCGAGAGCUGAACGAGCAGAGGCAGCACGGAGUCCUGUGUGAUGUGUGUGUUGUGGUGGAGGGCAAGGUCUUCAAGGCACACAAGAACGUCUUGCUUGGGAGCAGCCGCUACUUCAAGACACUCUAUUGCCAGGUACAGAAGACAUCUGACCAGGCCACCGUCACUCACCUGGACAUUGUCACAGCCCAAGGCUUCAAGGCCAUCAUUGACUUCAUGUACUCCGCUCACCUGGCGCUCACCAGCAGGAAUGUCAUUGAGGUGAUGUCAGCUGCUAGCUUCCUGCAGAUGACUGACAUCGUGCAGGCCUGCCAUGACUUCAUCAAAGCUGCACUGGACAUCAGCAUCAAGUCAGAUGCCUCAGACGAACUCUCUGAGUUUGAGAUUGGCACCCCAGCCAGCAGCAGCACAGAGGCGCUGAUCUCAGCUGUGAUGGCUGGGAGGAGCAUAUCCCCAUGGCUGGCUCGGAGGACAAGCCCCGCCAAUUCUUCUGGAGACUCUGCCAUUGCCAGCUGUCAUGAAGGAGGAAGCAGCUAUGGGAAGGAGGACCAGGAACCUAAGGUUGAUGGCCCUGAUGACAUUUCUUCACAGGCGUUGUGGCCUGGAGAUGUAGGCUAUGGGUCUCUACGGAUCAAGGAAGAACAGGUUUCACCAUCGCAUUAUGGAGGCAGUGAGCUUCCAUCCUCCAAGGACACUGCCAUACAGAACUCCUUAUCAGAACAGGGUGCUGGGGAUGGCUGGCAGCUCACAGGCCGGAGGAAGAAUCGGAAAAACAAAGAAACUGUCCGACAUAUCACGCAGCAGGUGGAAGAGGACAGCCGGGCUGGCUCCCCGGUUCCCUCAUUCCUGCCCACUUCAGGAUGGCCUUUCAGCAGCCGAGAUUCAAAUGUGGACCUGACUGUCACUGAGGCCAGCAGCUCAGACAGCAGAGGUGAGAGAGCAGAGCUGUACGCACACAUCGACGAGGGCCUCCUGGGAGGAGAAACCAGCUACUUGGGCCCACCCCUCACCCCAGAGAAGGAGGAAGCGCUGCACCAGGCCACUGCAGUGGCCAACCUUCGCGCCGCCCUCAUGAGUAAGAACAGUCUGCUGUCACUGAAGGCUGACGUGCUUGGUGAUGACGGCUCGCUUCUGUUCGAGUACCUGCCCAAAGGUGCCCACUCACUGUCUCUGAACGAGUUCACAGUGAUUAGGAAGAAGUUCAAGUGCCCCUACUGCAGCUUCUCGGCCAUGCACCAGUGCAUCCUUAAGCGACACAUGCGCUCACACACUGGAGAGCGACCUUACCCUUGUGAGAUCUGUGGCAAGAAGUUCACUAGGCGAGAACACAUGAAGCGACACACUCUGGUCCACAGCAAGGACAAGAAGUACGUGUGCAAGGUGUGCAGCCGUGUGUUCAUGUCUGCAGCCAGCGUGGGCAUUAAGCAUGGUUCUCGUCGUCAUGGUGUAUGUGCAGACUGUGCUGGCCGGGGUGUGGCCACGCCGCUGGACCAUGGUGGAGGUGGUGAGGGCUCUCCGGAGGCCCUGUUUGCUGGUGAAGGGCCCUACCUGGAAGACCCCGACGAUCCACGAGGGGAAGGCGAGGAGGAGCUGGGUGAGGAUGAGGAUGAGGACGUGGCCAAAUGGAAGGACGACGUGGGCUUGGCACACGAGGACGCGCUGCUGGGAGAUGACAAGGAUGACGAGGACUCUCCACGGGGGCCGCACAGCCCCUCUGGGGAGCCUGAGAAGGACUUUGCCUGGAUCUCCUAGGGGCUUUGCUCUGGUGGGCAGGGUGGGUGGUGUGCACCUGUGUGUGUCUUAGUGGGUCUUCACUCACCCAGGAGCAGGGCCAUGCUGACUCCUUGAAGCUCUUCCUUCGGGCCCUCCUCUGGCCUAUAACCCUCUCCCCUUGCAGAAACUGGUCCUGUGAACUAAGCAGUGAGUGUGACUCCAGAGACGGGGGGCGCACUAGGACCGAACGAAGUGAGGGGUACAGUGUAGGUUUAGGAAAAGGGAGGCCUACUCCCACCUGCCCAGGUAUUAUUAAUGGAGUCCCCAGCGGGUGUGUCUAUAUGUGUGAGCAGGGCUGCACCAAGGCCUGGGCAUGCUUCCUCAGGGUAUCAAAGGAGUCCUUUGCUGUGAACCUGGCUAGGAAUGCAAGAUGCGUCAGUAACCAGGUCUGAGUAGGUGUUGAGUUCUGUUCCACCCACAGCAUUGCUCAGUCUCCUUCCACCCCGUCCUCUGGCAGUCAGGUUAUGGGCAAUGGCCCUGUCACUUUGUCCUCUUGGUUCCUGCUGCCCCGUGGCAGCUGGUAGAAUCUAGUGGGCAUAAGCCCUGCAAUCCUCUUACCUCCAGGCUUUGGUGCUUAACAUAAAUGGCUGCAGAUGCCUCUCUGGAAGCCCAAGGCUCCAGGUGCUAUCUCUGUUGGAAGCAGCUACCCAACCGGCAGGCCAAAGGGGAAGAAGGCUCUGUUCAAGAAGGGACCUGUGGUUGGAUGCUUUCCCCGUUCAGGCCCACAUGGUUGAGUUGCAAGGGUCACAGCUCUUCCUUCCGUGUGCACUUUCUUGGAGAGCCCCGUUGUGCACCCUGAGUUCUGCCUGCGCCCUUGCUCACCCCUCCUUGGACCAGACAGAGCUCAAGCUCCUGCCUUUGUUGCUGCUAACACUGGAGGUGGGUGUUCCUAGCCGCAGUGUGCUGCUGACGCCUCCCUGCCUAGGAACCAAAUUUUAAAGAAGUCAGAGACAUUUUCAGGUGGUUACUACAGGUUACUUUGUUUCAAAUUGUUUUUUUUUUUCACUUAACAGGACUCUGCGCAAGUGAUUUCAUUUAACUCUUCAAGUCCUCUUCCUGUUAUUUCUAAAGGUGCUCACACUUGCUCUGUGAAAAGUGUGGGCUUAAUUUCUAUGGCUCUGAGGCCCGGAGACCUGUCCACGUAACCUGCCGGAUAGAUACAGAUGCUGCAGCCUGCACUCUUCUUGAGGCCAUUUCUAACAAACCCUGAAACAUUCCAUCCCUCACCCACCUCAUCUCCCAAAGCCCACUGAACUGGUGUUCAGUGCAUCCCCUGGUGAGCUGCUGAUGGGCUAACCCCACCCUGUGCAAGGGCUCAUCAGGCUAAAUCAUUACGGCUAAUUAGAGAAUUUUGGUUUUCCUUUCUCAAACACUAAGUCAAAUGGCUUUUAAACUCCCCCCGCCUUCUGUUCUCACUAGGUAAGUAAGAGGAAGCCCCAUAAAAUUAAUUUACGUCCCAGUGGUUAUAAAGAGCAUAUGUCACCUGGUGACAUUCCCCAAGUACCAGCUGCCUGAGCUACAGAAGGAUGCAGGGCAGGCCCUACAGAAGGAAGGAAUCACAGCUUUUGUUUCAAACAAAACAACAGUCAAGAGGAAAGGGGCCAGGACUCUACAAGUAGAGUGUAGGAGCCAUUGUCUGAAAGCUGUGUCCUCUCCACUCUCUGCCCUCUCCCUCUGAGGCAUGCUGGUUCUGGAGUACAUUUCGUCCAGUGUGGCAGCGUAGCUAGACCCCCUUUCACCAACAAAACUCCAGGUUGAGACCGUCUAGUCUUGCCAGGCCCCCUGAGGGCUCCCAGACUUAGAACUUCCUCCCUCUUUUACAAUGCCUUUUCUAAACACUUUCUUAUAAAAUGCAUUUGGAAACUAGACCUUUGCUACCACUGUCUCUGGGUUUUUGUAUCAGUCCCUACUUCUCAGGCUGCCCUGCCCAGGACCCAGGACCCCGGCCCACCUCCCAAGGCACCUGUGCCUCCACUCUCAGGAUGUCUUGCUCUGACUGGCCUCCCUUCCAGACUUGCCUUUGCUGGCCUUUCUGGGGUUCCCUGUUGGUACCACGGGGCACUUCCUUAAAACCAGUACUGUACCAGAAAACUGAGGGUCCCAGUUCUGGUCCCACCACCUUCCAAGUGUUUGCCAUGUGGCAGGCUUUGUUCUGGCUCAGUUUCCAGUUGGAAAGUGGAAUUCUAGAGAUCCAGAUGAACACAUCCAUCUCAGGAGGCAUGGAGGGAAAAGACGUAUGUAUUGAAGUUUUUUGUUUUUUGGGUUUUUUUAUGUGACUUUUUUUUUAUUCAAUGUUCAAACUAAUAAAUAUUUUUUUAUGAAGAAAAUGUGUAGAUUACAUUUCACAUUUUGUAUUUUGUGUGUGUCUGUAUUUGGGUGUUUGUAACACCAGAGUGGAAAAUAUAUUCCAUGGGGUGGGUGGUGUUAGGGUUGAGGUGGGAAAACGAUAUGAUUUUUGUACGGAUCUCUGGAUCCUGACCAGUUUGCGUAUUUGAACUCUGAGUUUUGGGGAACAGGACACUCCUAGGACUUGACAGGGCCCUAACUCAAAAGACACAGUUAUGUUUCCAAUUUUUCACAUUUUCCUUUAAAAAAAACCUGAGGAAAUGCAAAACUGGAACUUUUUGCAAUAUUAUGAAAGAUAAUCUUACUUUGGCUCAUCCUAUGACAUGUACAACUCCUAAGAAAGCCAUAAUGGUGGUAUUAUUUUUUAGAUUCUAUUGUGUUUUGUAUGUGGCUCUUUUAGAAUCACUUGUAGUGAGGGUGCUGUGUGUAUGCUUUUCUUAUUUAUUUAUUUUUUAACAUGCUUUCAAUCUGUCAACAAAAAGUAAAAAAAAUGCAGUGUUUGAAGAUUGUUGAUUUUUUUCUGGGGAUAAUCUAUAUUAUAUUGACUUUAUAUUAAUUAUUAUAAACCUGUGUUUGUACUGAAGAUGUGUUUAAUAUUUGCAGAAGGCUUGUCAUAAUCAGUUGGUGGGGUUCACAACACCCACAGACAAGUAAAGAUUACCUUCUCUCUAGCGGUUCUUGCGAUUCCUUGUCUGCCUCGGUGUACCAGGUUGCCUGUGGGUUUUCUUUCUGUGAUGGGAUUAGUGUAGACAUUCUUGCAAAGCGAUCACUUUAAAUAAAAUGGGAAAUUGCUGCUCAAUGCCGACGCCUCCUGUGU